UUCCUUAAUUACUGCAGGGGGGGAGAGAGAGAGCAUGGCUCCAAAAUUGAAACCUGUUAACCCGAAUCCCGACACGACUACCAACGAGAUCCGUUACCGCGGUGUGAGAAAGCGUCCAUGGGGCCGUUACGCGGCUGAGAUCCGUGACCCGAGGAAAAAGGCCCGAGUCUGGCUCGGUACAUUCGACACUGCCGAGGAGGCUGCGCGUGCUUACGACGCGGCGGCACUGGAAUACCGUGGCGCCAAGGCCAAGACGAAUUUCAUCUAUAGUACCGUUAACGAUACCGACCUCACCCGAAGCCCCAGUCAGAGCAGCAUCGUUGAGUCCUCUUCUCCGCCACCGUUGGACCUCACACUCGUCGGCGGAUCUCAUUCGCCUCCCUUGACGAAGAAUAAUCCGGUGUUUUUCUUCGAUGACUCUACUUCUGCCGGUAAGAUCACCUCCGCUGCCGGUGCCGCCCAGAGCGACUCCGAUUCGUCGUCGACGGUUGUUGAUUUUGAACAAGGGCUGCGACCGAGAGUGUUUGAUCUUGAUCUUAACCAGUUGCCUGCUGAAAUGUUUUGAUCUUUCUGUUUGAUUUCAUCGGACGUCGUUUUUAACUUCGUCUCUCUGCGUUUUGGCUUUCCUUCUUUUUCUCUAAUGGUAAAAGCUGACAUGUAACGUAUAUACAAGGAAGAUAAAUUCUAGAGAUGUAUUUUUGGCAACAUGAUGAAGUUUUCUCCAUGUUGUUUCUACUUAA